AUGGGGCUGUUUUCCAAGGAUUGCAUCCUCCCUUGUCGUUUCUCACCUGGGAAUGAUGAAGUAAUUUACUGGAAGAAAGGGGACAAAUAUGUGCACAGCUACUACUACCAGAGUGAUCAGCUGGAACGCCAAGACCCAGAUUACAGACACAGAACACACCUUUUUCAUGAGAACAUUCCUAGUGGAAAUGCCUCCUUGAAACUGAGUAACUUGACCGUGACUGAUGAGGGCUCUUAUAAUUGCUAUGUGGGAACACAGCAAACUAAAACAGAAGUGGAAGUCACGCUGCACGUAAGAGUUUCCUCUUAUUAUGCACUGGAAUACCAAAAGACAGACACAGAAAGGAUGCUGAAGUGCUAUGCCUUUUUCACUUACCCAGCACCACGUAUAUCUUGGGUACAAGGCAACACAUCCAUCAAAGAAACAGGUCGGCAUGAAACCAGGGAUGGAGUUCUCUAUUCUCUGAGAAGUGACCAGAACAUUAUAAACACAGCUGAUCCUUACGGCUGCCGUAUUCAUCUCCCUUAUGAAGAGUGGGCUGCUGAAUGGAAGAUGCAAGUCCUGGCCUCCUUCAAUGGUACAUCUCACUCUUACCAGCCUCGAGCCCAGAUUAACCAAAGUGACUUUUCACUGAUGUUGCGUGAUCUGACUGUAAGUGACAGUGGAGAAUAUCUGUGUAAUAUUUCGACACCUCACUACACACAACUUACUGUGAGAACUUUGCGAGUUGAAAGUUCAGCUAACACCUGGGCAAUUGUGGCAGGGGGGAUCGCUAUACUGGUGCUGGUAGGAGUCUGUUCCGUCUUCGGGAUCAAGUCCUAUCCAUGGAGAGACGUACCUUCAGACCCCCUGGGCCUUAAGAUUUUGUCACAUCCUGAAUUUGGUAAGCUUCAGGAGCCAUUUUGCAAUGGUUACCAUGAGGUUCGACAAGAACACACCAGAAAGACAACUCCAAAAUGA